GUAGCUGGUGUUUUAAAAUGGCAGCGGUUUUAGUCGCGGUAAUGCUGAUUCUGUCCAUACCGACAUGUGAGAGUCAGUUUUCUGGGUCUGACAAUCAGCCAACAGCUUCGACAGUGUGGCAGACUUUGAACUCAGCUUUCACAAGUUUGUGUGAGGAUGGACGUGGUUUUCUGGUCUCUCUGUUCGGACGGCAGUUGGUGGACUCGGGGCUAAAGAAAGUAAAUGAGGUCGCAACAUUGACCUCAAAGGCUGUAGCUGAUGGGCUGAACAUACUGGCUACAUAUGGAGCAGAAAUGCUGGGGGCAUCUGAAAUGGAUGCCAAUCUUCCUGUGAAGCGCGUCACCCCUGAAGGUGUGAUCUUUGUCACUAAGUGGGCCCUGCUGGCAGUGCUUGGCUACUGGAUUUUGUCCUUGGCAGUGCACUUAGUUGCUGGGCUUGUGCGGCGCACUCUCUGGCUACUGAAGAUCGCCUUUGCCGUUGCCUUGUUUGGCUUGAUUCUGAGUGAUACUGGAGCCAGUGCGGAAACCACAGCAAUGAGACUAGCUGGGCUGGUGCUCGCCUGCGUCCUGCUGGGCAUUGGACCAUCACCUUUCGGGGGAGGUGCCACCACGCACCUGGAGGCGAAAGUAAAAGUGCUGGAGAGAAGGCUGAGAGAGGUGGAGAAGAAGAGCAAGGAAGAAUGAUGGAUGCAAAAGAUCGAAAGGGUUCAGCCAAAAACCAGCCAUGAUCAUAUACUAAGAGGCACUGACUUUGGAUCUGUGUUGUCUGAGCAGAUGUGAACAUUUGAUUGACUUAGUGGUGUGUGGGUCAUGUUUGUUCAAAUGUUUCUGAGUCGCUGAGUCUGACUGCACACCUUGUUGUUUUGGCAGCUCUAACACAAUUAAUUCAACACAAACACUAAUCUUCAAGAUCUUCAGGUGUGAAUCAGUUCUGUUGAGUCAGGAAAACACAACUGCGUUAGUCCAACACUGAGACUGGGAAGCAUUGAUACAGGGAGAGGAGUUGUGGUAAUUCCACAGAGUUGUCAGUUUCCAGUUACAUUCAGAAGCAGUGGCGUACGUGAAGGGUGUUGAGUUUUUUCUAGUUUUAUUUACAUCCUGUGUGUGUGUUUCAAGUUGGUUCUGUAAGGGCGUGAACAAUUGCAUUUUAUUUUGAAUAUGUUUUCGUUAUAGUCUACAAACCUAAAAUGUUACAGAAACAUAUUCUUGUUUCAUAACGUACUUAAUGAGUAUGGCUGUAGAAAUAACACUUAAGUGGAAUUCCACUGAUUUUCACAUUUUCGGCACAGUUUUGUACCAUACAUUUCUGUCCUUUCUGCAUAAUUCAGUCGGUGAGAAGUAAACAAAGUCAGUCAGAGUGGUUUCAUGUGAAAUGGUGCAUUACAGAUAAACCUACCUCUCAGAAAAAAAGGUACGAAACUGUCACUGAGGCUACAUCUCAGUACCUUU